AGUCCCGGAAGCGGCCGGGGGAAGCUGCUCCGCGCGCGCUGCCGGAGGAAGCGCUGCCGGGUCCGCUCCGCUCCGGGUCCGGCCGGGCCAUGGAGUCCAUGUCUGAGCUCGCGCCCCGCUGCCUCCUGCUUCCCUUGCUGCUGCUGCCGCUGCUGCUUCUUCCUGCCCCGAAGCUGGGCUCGAGCCUCGCCGGGGCCGAGGAGACCGACUGGGUGCGAUUGCCUAGCAAAUGCGAAGUGUGCAAGUAUGUUGCCGUGGAGCUGAAGUCAGCUUUUGAGGAAACUGGAAAGACCAAGGAAGUGAUUGACACAGGCUACGGCAUUCUGGACCGGAAGGCAUCUGGAGUCAAGUACACCAAGUCGGACUUACGGUUAAUUGAAGUCACUGAGACCAUUUGCAAGAGGCUUCUGGACUACAGCCUGCACAAGGAGAGGACUGGCAGCAACCGGUUUGCCAAGGGUAUGUCGGAGACCUUUGAGACACUGCACAACCUAGUCCACAAAGGGGUCAAGGUGGUGAUGGAUAUCCCCUAUGAGCUGUGGAAUGAGACCUCGGCUGAGGUGGCUGACCUCAAGAAACAGUGUGACGUGCUGGUGGAAGAGUUUGAAGAGGUGAUUGAGGACUGGUACAGGAACCACCAGGAGGAAGACCUGACUGAAUUCCUCUGUGCCAACCACGUGCUGAAGGGCAAAGACACCAGUUGCUUGGCAGAGCGCUGGUCUGGCAAGAAGGGGGACAUAGCUUCCCUGGGAGGGAAGAAAUCGAAGAAGAAGCGUGGCAGGGUCAAGGGUAGCAGCGGUGGCGGCGGCAGCAAGCAGAGGAAGGAACUGGGGGUUCUGGAGGAAGACGCCAACCCUGAGGAGGAAGAGGGUGUGCAGAAGGCAUCUCCCCUCCCACAUAGCCCCCCUGAUGAGCUGUGAGCCCAACUUCAUAUCCUUGAAUCAAGACGCUGACUUGAGAGCUAAAAGCUCGGACACGAGUGGCUCCAGCGAGGAUGGCUGCUGUCCAGCUGCGGGUCUCCUCCCCGGCUCUGCCCUCUUCCUUCCCUUGAACAGCUGCAGGAGUUGGAAGGAUCUUGGGUGCUGGGAGACCCCCUCCAAAGGAAAGAGGAGGAGGAUGAGCAGAAGGCAGCUCUCUUUCUCUGCAGCCCCCUUCAUGAGCUCUGGGUCCCACCCAGCAUCCCCUAGCUGAAACUCCUGACCUUGAAGCUGAAGAGCAUAAGACACAUACGAUGCUCGCCGGCGCCCCCUUCAGCCAGGAAGGACUCAGUGCAGCCUCAGCAGCCAGGCCUGCCUCUUCCCUCCAGCAGGCAUUCUCUCCUUGUCGAGUUGUGAAUUUCAGAACUUCCAGGAUGGACUCAGGAGGUGUGGCACAAAGGGACUGGACACCAGAGCUAGAGCCACACCAGAGCCUGCAGAGAGGGCACCUAACCUGACCCCACUGGGAAACAAAGCUGCAGCUCUCCAUGCCCACCCAUUCCUUCUGAGGGCACCUCAUGCUCUGUCCAGCCUGUCUCCCAGGGCUACCAGAGUAAACACCUUUUGGCCUUUCGGUUUGGUUCCUGAGGCCUCUUCAGCCUCCAGAGUGUCCCCUCAUCGAUCUUUGCUGCCUCUGUCCCCCAGUCCUGGGGGCUUGAUGGCUGUCACUGUCAUUGGCGGCUUAACCUGCCAGUUACUAGGAGGGGCAGGUUCUGGGAGCACCGGGGUUGGUCUGGGGUCAUCACUCAGUGGUUCUCAGCCUUCUAACACUGCAGCCCCUUAAUACAGUUCCUCCUGUCGUGGUGACUCCCCCCCACCAUAAAAUUAUUUUUGUUGCUGUUUCAUAACUGUAA